AUGGUAGUGAACGGCGCACAUUACAUGCCCCUCCUACCUGAAGAUGGGGACGUCUUGAAAACAUAUUCCAAUGCGGAAGCAAGCAAGUUUUACAAUCUUCAUGGAUACAUCGCACGAUUGGCAUUCAUCAUUCUUAGCAUCUGCGCCAUAGUCGACACAUUUCUCGCUUUCUAUGUUGCAUUUUGCUACCUCGAAAGCCUCUCUUGGAAAGCUAUCAGUGUUGCCUCAUCCAAUGCCCCACCUCUACGCAGCACGUACAUUGGGUUUGACGAGAUCUACACGAACCGUUCUCAGACAACCCAGCACGCCCCCAUCGUUAACCUUCCCCGUUCAUCCAUUCAAGUAUCUUCCACAUCAGGGCAAGCCUUCGUGCCGUUAGUCGAUGCACUGAUCACCGAUAAUGGAAUGGUUCCGGUCUAUUCAAACAGAGUAUGGGUAAAUGAUGAGGUGUCCACUAUAAUCCAAUUUCGUGUCAUUGACUACGGAAUGGAGGACUGCAGCUUAACCAUGACAGUUCCCAAUGUCGUCGGAAGGAACUCAAGCUUCGUCAUUGGAGACUUGGAAGAGGACCGCGCAUCAAAAGUCGACGUGUGGAGACUGCCAGGUAACUCACGGAUAGACAUUCAAGCUACAUCCUGGGGAAGAGGAGAGUCGAGUGGCAGCUCGUACGUGGGUCAUCUGGCGGCCGCAGUGGGAUCUACCGCCGCUAUCGCAAGAUUUCCGUGUAAAUCAGGGUCUUACUUUACGUUCAAACUGUCGUGUGCGACGGCCGAUUGCGGAGUAGACAUAACGACGUUCAAGAAGGAAGCAGCAGGAUUAUAUCUUCUACAGUAUCAGACAGUAUGA